AUGUCACUCAUUCAAGAUUUAGAUCGCCUUAGAGUAAUACCCUUUCGAGAGAUCAAGUUGGCCACCAAAAACUUCACAACCAUUAUUGGGCGGGGCGGAUAUGGCCCUGUUUAUAAAGGAGAACUCUCACAUUCUGGUAUUCUUACUUCUGUUGCUGUAAAGAGACUAAAUAUGACCGAAUCUGGUCAAGGGCUUAAAGAAUUUCUGACAGAGCGACAAUUGCUCUCUCGUUAUAAACAUCCAAACCUGGUUUCCCUUCUUGGUUACUGUGAUGAAAGCCAUGAAAAAAUCCUAAUUUACCAGUAUGCAGAGCAUGGAAGCUUCGACAAUUACCUUUAUCCGGUCAAAACCAAAUGUCCACUCACAUGGAAGCAACGUAUGAAUAUAUGCGUCGAUGUAGCCCGUGGUCUGGAUUAUCUUCACAACCAUGUUGCAGCAAAUCAUAGAGUUAUCCACCGGGAUAUAAAAAGUGCAAAUAUUCUUCUAGACCAAAAUUGGAAAGCUAUGAUUGCGGAUCUUGGACUUUCCAAAAUAGGUCGUGCUAAUGAAAAUGAGACUUAUCUCAUUACCAAUGCGGCUGGCACAGGUGGUUACUGUGAUCCGGUGUACAUUAAGACUGGAAUAUUAACAAAAAAGUCAGAUGUUUAUUAUUAUUCGAAGCAUUAUGCGGGAGGUUGUGCUUCAUGA